GCGUCAACUUCGGUCGGCGACUGGUUGUCGCACGUAAAAUAAUCGGAAAAUUCACAGUGAAAACUUCUAAUAGGUAGAAAAAUCGCGAGUUAAACGUUCCAACAAAGUUUGCUGUACGUGAAACGAUUGGAAAAUGGACGAGGAAAAACCGGAAUUACUGUUUUUCGAUACGUUUUCUCACGACACGUAUGAGAAACUCAACCUGGACCUGGUGCAGUUCCCGAAGCCGGUGUAUAUCACCGAGGUGCGCAUCAUUCCGCUGGGCGCCCGGGUGCAGGCGGACUUCCCGGGCGGUGUCCGGCUGGGGGCGACCAAUCCGUCCCAGUUCAAGAUCGAGCUGUUCGUGAACGAUUUGGGGAAGCCGGGGGCGCCAACGUUCGAGUGUUUGGGGGAUUUCGAGUACAACCAGAACAAUUGUAUCCAUUUGGAGUGUGGCAAGCAGGAGGAGGGCGGUGGCCGGAGGAUUCCGACGGACGGGUUGGUGCUGAAGGGGUUCUAUACGACGAUAACGCUGGCGGUGUAUGGGAUUUUGACGGCGAACAUAGCGGAACCGAUUGUGUCGCCGAGGGAGACCACGCCGCAGCCGGAAGCCCCGGUGGAGAUGGUGGUGAGCGAGGUGGUGGAACCGGUGGGGGUGGGCCAGGAGUGGCCGGAAGAGCCACCGUCGGUGGUGACGGUGGUACCGACGGAGGUGUUCGUGCAGAAGGAGUAUCCGGAGGCGGACGGGGAGGACAUUCCGAAGGAUCCGAGACCGUACGCGAGGCGGGUGGCUGCAGCGGUGGUGGUGGCGGCCAGUCUGGCCGAGCCGACUUCGCCGAAGAUGGCGCCGAUGGAGUGCGGAGGGGGAGAAGUGGAUAAGCGUGGUAAGAGAGUGUCCCGCUCGACGGAACGGCAGAUGAUGCAUUACGAGCCGGGGGUGAGGUCCAGGGGAAGGAGUCAUGAGUACUCCCGGUCGCCUGAGUUUGGUAAGGAGUAUGGUGGAGGUGCCGGCGGGGUUGUUCCGAAGCAAGAGUGGUCCCGGAGCCCGGAUCAUUACGGGGGUAGGUCUAGGAGAAUUCGGAGCGGUUCGUAUGAUCGGGUCCGGCGCGGAUCUUCGUACGAUGUGGAGAAAGAUGAUCGUCGACGUCCGAGGUCUCCGAUCGAUUCGCCGAGAAGGCCACGUUCGCCCGAUCCGAUGGAUUCGUCGAACGACUACGAAGAGGACGACUUCCGGCAUGGCGGCAGCGGUGCUGCUCCCGGGACACACGGAAAGUACGAGAAGAGGACCGCCGAAGGACGGAUCAAGGCAGCGGCUGCUUCAGGAGUUGCAGGUAGUCCGGCAUCCGUUACGGCUACUCCGGUGGCGUCGCCGGCUUUGGCCCCGGAGGAAGAUGCUCUGUCGGCGACGGAGCAGUUCGAGCCGAUUCUGAGCGAUGAGGAAAUCACGGAGGACUAUGACUUCGAUAUGGAAUACGAGCCUGUUGAUGAGUAUUAUAAGGCGUUCAACCCUUUUGCAGCAGUUCUUCAAAAGUACGUUCCGGAAGAAGGUUCGGAUGCGAAUCCGGCAGUUGUGAAGCACCUGGAGAAUCUCCUGAAGAAUAACAAAUACGGAGCAAAGGCUACGGCCGACUUCGGUGGAGAAAGUGCGGACUUCAAGGAAGGGUUCGUCGAUUACACCGAACAAUGUGUUCAGCUUUUGAACCAAAUCUUCUCCCACGACGAAUGGAGAAACAAGUUUGAAAAGGUCGUCAACGGAUGGAUCGAUGGUAAAAGCGAGGGCAUGGCCAUUCUGAUGAACUGCAUCAAGCUGGGGUUGGAUGUGGAUCGGGCAAUGACUCAGCCGCAGCCGGCUUCCAAGCUGCGCCACAUGAAGGCCGGAAUACGGUUGACCGAGUUCCUCGGAUCAACGGAAGCCUUCAUCAAGGUGAUCCUGGAACAGGAGGACUUCAACAUCUUCGACAAGCUACUUGGGCUGUACGCUCAGAGCUACAUGGCUCUCUCGAUCAAACUGAUGAUCAUCCGAUCGAUCUACGCCUGUCUGGACACGAAGCGUGGCCUGGAUUACUUCCUGAGUCCGGAGUACAAUGGCUACCAGAUUCUGCUGGAUCUGAUCCAGGAGAACCCCUCGACGAGGAUCAGUUUCGCUCUGAAGUCGCUACUCAAGAAGAUCAACCUGUACGAGAAUCUGGACCUGGUCCGGAGCACCGUUCGGGACAUGUUCGCCAUCCGCGCUGAGCCGAACUUCAAGCCCGACCCGCCGAUGGUUUCCAUCCUGGAGAAUUGCUUUGCCGAUCUGACGAAGGCGCUCACAUGGGACGCGAUCGCCUAUAGCCAACCGAAGCGCUUCCUCCCGGUGUCCGCCAAGUUCGAAAUCCACAAGGACAUCAAGUCGGCCCUAACCGCGAAUCGGAGCUUCGUGGCGUACUUCAACGUCCACCACCUUCUGGAAACGAUCGUCCUUCUGCUGGAGAUGAAACUCCCCUGCUCUUCUCUGAUUGGAGCGGUGUACGAUCUGCUGGCAGCACUGCUCAAGAACCACCAGAAACUGCACUACCUGGCGGAUCACAUCGACUCCGUGAACGUCCUGCUGAAGCUUCUCUUCCAGCACUGCCCGAUGAACGACGAAUCGCACCCGGAGGAUCUCCUGCAGGAUUUGACCCGCGGCCAGCUGCUCGGACUAGAGAUGGCCUACAAGCUGCAGACGAUCUACUAUCUGGACGCCAUCGGGCACACCAAGGGCGAUUUGCUGGACUUGGACAAGCUCGUUGAACAUCUUCAGGGACUGUUUUACCUGGCGAACAACCCCUUUGGUAAACGUUACGUCGUCGAGGUGCUUUCAAUGGAUGGGAAUCUGAAACUGUUCUUGGAUCUAAUCGAAAGCGAGAAGCGUACCCUUGCGAAGGACGGCUCGCCCGGAGUCAAGCACAAGUCACCGAUCUUGAGCUACAGCGUAGAUCUGGUAGAUUGCGUCGUUCGCCACUGCCCGAACGCCGGAUACCUGGUGAAGCACGGAGAGACCCUGCUGAACUUGGUCAAGCAGCACGAACAGUUCGAGUCCUCGGUUAGCGCCAUGCUUCAGGAGAUGGCGGUCUAUUUGAAGCCGCUGGAGAUUCACGAGUUGUUCGCCAACGAGGACAUCAAUCCCCUGGUCGAGUUGAUGAAGCGCAGCCUGGAGUUCAUAACGACCUUCCCCGGAGAUCUGAUCAUGGCACUGCGCUUGCUGCGUUACUUCGGCAUUCCGGAUUUCGACGGCCAAGGACAACCCAGCCACGUGGAACUCAAGUACAAGUACACGAUCCUGCAGUUCUACUCGGCCGACGGGAAGACCCUGCUGAUCUCCAUCCUGGAGAAGCUCAACACCUACUUCGACCAGCCAGCAAUCCAUGCCUCAAGCCUGGCAAGCAUGCAGGGUGUCCUCCUCACUCAGAUCCUUACGCCGUUGAUCCAGAUUCUCCGCAAAUUGAUGACCUACUUAAUCGAGUGCCGCAACACCGAGUUCAAAGAUCUUACCGUUAUCGAACCCCUUCUCCGAACCUACGCCCUCAUGCAAAGCGUCCCACUAACCGCCACGGCCAUCAACGACGCCCGCGAGAUCCAGAAGGACAUCAUCAAGAUCUUGCUGGCCUUCACCCAACCGACCCCGAUGGACGGCCUGGACACCAACAACAUCCACAAAAGCCUCUGGACCCAGAUGGUCGGCGAGCUGAUCAAGUUCAUCCUCUUCGGCCCCAACUACUUCAUCCCUGGAUUGCUCGUGUUCUCAGAACUUCUCCCACUCCCCCUCCCCAUCCAAUGCCGCCAAGAGCUCACCCCUCUCGAAAUCAACAAACUGGUCAACGAACGCCAGCUGUGGUCUGCCCACCUCCACCCCCAAAGUCCCUCCAUCACCGAAAUGAUCCAGACCAUCUGCCCCUCAAGCUACACGCCCCUCCUCGUCAUCUUCUCCCGAGUUUGCCUCCAGCUGUCCGACCUGGCCCCCAACAUGACGCUCCUCAUCUCCAAGGCGAUCACCGACCUGAUCAUACAGGAACCCCUACUCCCCGGAAACCUGGCCAGCACCUCGCACGCCCGUCUCUUCAGCUUCCUCGGAAGCCUGGUCUGCCACGCCUCCGUCAAGGUGUCCGUCCUCUCGAUCCUAUCCGGACGCAUCAUGGACCUGAUGACCAACAUCCUGCUGAACCCCGGGCAAACGCCGGCCCACCAGCAAACCCAGGAGAACAUCUACAUGGUGUUCCAGAACCUGCUGGAUUCGGAGUUUGCCAUGAUGUUUGGGAACAAUAUUGCACCGAUGAUGCAGCUUGCCUGUUCGCUGCCGCCGAAGGAGAUCAUCGAGUCCUGCUGCGGCACCAUUGUGGAGAACAUCUCCAGCGAGGAGGUUGGGCCCGGGGUGAUGACGGCCGCCCUAAGGACCAUGCUGCUGCUGACCGAACAUGACAUCACCUUCACCACGCUGAUCGCCGCCAUCGAGAAACGUAAGGACCCCAUCAUGGCCAUCGUUCAAAAGUUUGCGGACAAGGCCCGCGAAAACCCCGAUACCUACCGACAGAUCUUCAUCCUGCUGGGAGAAUUUUGGCGCUCGCUCGUCAUGAUCGACGAGUCCUCUCUGGUGGGCUUCAACCUUCCGAAACGGACCGUCAAACUCACUCCGGAGCAGUUGGCUUCGUUGGUGUUCCUCCCGACCCGGAAGGAAGGCCACGAGCAUUCGGCGGCCGAUGCUCCCGAUUGCACCGCCAUGCUCAAAGAACUGCUGGUGUUCUUCAAGAACGAAACCGUAAAACCGAUCGAACCGGUUGAGCCGGAACCGGCGGAAGAUGGUUCUGGCUCCGUUCCGGCAGUUCCCAUUGUCCCCACGGACACCCUGGAGGAGAACAUCCUCUAUCUGAUGGACCAGUUGAAGGACGUCGCUCCCGGAGUGAUGGAAACGCAGUUCGACUUCGGGGUCAUCGAGCCGCUUCCGCAAGCGGAAGGCAUCGUAACGCAGUACAGCUCCCGGAACGUGUUCAUCGUGAGCGAGGAGUUCGAGGAUCAGCUCAAGGCCAGCUACUGGCUGAGCUUCUCGCCGUGCGAGGACGAUCUGGAGCGGGAGCAGAUUCCGUGCGAUUUGAACGAACUGGCCAUGAGUUGCCUCAGUGGAGAUAUCAAUUUGACGUCGGAUUGUAAGCGGUUGCUGCAUUUGUCGGCUUCGCCGCACUCGAACCGGGAUCGGGUGGCCACGGCCCCGUGCUUCCGCACCAGACGGGUUGAGGUGGAACCCAGUACUGGACGUCCGGAGAAGAAGAUUUUCGCAACCCCGUUGCGAGGCCGCGGUUUUACCCGUGCUCCAAUCACCCGAAGCGAUCUGUUCCGCUCGCGGCCACCAAACACGUCGCGCCCUCCAUCGCUACACGUGGACGACUUCCUGGCGCUGGAAACGUGCGGAGCUCAGCCAACGGGACCCACCGGGUACAACAAACUGUCGCGGGACAUUAUUACCAUCCGGGGCAGUGGCCGAGGACGUGGCCGAUCGUUUUCGGAUCGUGGCCGUUCGGGAUCCGGUUCCGGUUGGGGACAGGGAGGAGGUGGAGGUGGAGGAGGUAGUGGCUGGUCCGGGGGACACGAUGGUCCUUCGGGAUCGGGAGGUGGUAAGCACUUUGGAAGUGGUGGUGGCGGUGGCGGAGGUCACAGUCACUAUCGGGAGCAGUCGCAAAACCACUUUGGGGCGCCUCAUGUGCGGUCCCGCUCAGGGCGGGGUUUCAACCGGUACGGAGGUCGACCCUAUUCGCGGCCGAAUUAAAAGGUAGGUACGUGUUGUGGUUUACAUACCGUUUGAAAAAGGCAUUUUUAUUGUGUACGACAUACUCUGUGUAGUUUCGAAUCCAAUUUAUUGAUAUCUACUGUUUUUCAUCGUAGUAAAACAAAUUAAAAAUUUCCUAUUUUAAGAUUUGAGCUAGAAAUACAAAGCUAAUGGCAAA